UUGAAUUAAUGCAGGCUGUGGAAGUUCAGGAUGGCAAGCGCCUGAACAGCUUCUUCGUCAGCGUCAAACAAGGGCAGUCGAUGUGUUUAGUCUAGGUUGCAUUCUGUUUUUCUGCUUUACGGGUGGUAGACAUCCCUUUGGUAACCCUCUUGAACGUGAUAUCAAUAUCGCUAAGAAUAAAGUUGACCUUUUCCUGGUGGAACACAUUCCAGAAGCUGUGGAUCUGUUUUUUCAAUUAUUAAAUCCUAAUGCUGAAAUGAGGCCAAAGGCAUCGGAGGUGCUUUACCAUCCCUUAUUUUGGAGUGCUGAGCUGCGACUAUCCUUCCUUCGUGACACAAGUGACAGGAUAGAAUUGGAAGACAGAGAGACGGAUUCUCCUCUCUUAAAAGCUUUAGAAAGUACAGCCUCUCUAGCUUUAGGUGCAAAGUGGGAUGAAAAGAUGGAACCUGCAUUUCUUAAUAACAUUGGACGCUACAGACGUUAUAAGUAUGACAGUGUUCGUCACUUAUUACGAGUCAUGCGUAACAAGUUGAAUCAUUAUCGAGAACUUCCCACAGAAAUACAGGAACUAAUCGGAUCGGUUCCAGAAGGAUUUGAUAGCUAUUUUAAGACUCGGUACCCAAAACUAUUGAUUGAAGUAUACAAAGUCAUGUACGCAUACUGUAGGGAAGAAGAAUGGUUUCUCAAGUACUUCGAAGUAAUAAAUCUUCAAUAGAGCUGAGACAGCAGAAAUAAAAAAGAAGAUCCUCAGAUGUUUCUUACUCCAUCGUCGCACAAGCAAAAUGAUAGUUUUAAGAUAUUACACAGGCAAAAUUCCUUCAGC